CCUUGACUGGUUUGUCGCUUGGAUGGGUGUAGUGCGCUGCCAUGAGAUUAGAUGUUCACACGCGAAAAUCAUCUGCAUGGCCGUUUAAAGGGUGGCAUUUGGAGAGCAGGGGAAUACGACUGUGUUAUUCUUUUUAACACUCAGGUCAAUGCAGAGAUGGUGUGGGUGGUAUCUUGAUUUUCAUUUUUGCCAAACCCCAAGCUUCUCCUAUUUCUAUGCUCUGUGAACAUAUUCAAGUCUUAUUUAUCGCUCUCUCUUUCUCCCCUUAUUUCCUUUGUAGGAUAAAUCAUUAAUUACAUCGCUCGUUUUUUUCACAUCUUGGUCACCGGCUGGCCGUUUCAUAGUCAUCCUCUUCGAUGAAUUUAAUGUAUUAAUAUCAAUUUCCAACGUCCGCUACAAGACUUUAUACAUGCAUCAAUCCUUCUGUUGAGAUGAUUCUUCCUGCACGGAGAUUUCCAAUAUGGAUAUGGGAGUGGGCGUUUCUGGUCAUCCUUCUCCUAAUACCUCAAUCGUCGCAAGCACAAGAUAAUGCAACUCCCGACUCCAACGACCCCCUUACUCAGAAUAGCACAAGCACAUCACAUUCUGGGUCAGAAAAUGACUCUGACGACAGCAAAUUCAAGUAUCCGAUCAUCAUUCUGUCCGUGAUCGUCGGCGUGGUUGUCAUUAUUUCAGUCGUAUCUUCCAUUUUCUACCUCACCACCAAGCGCGGACAAUGGAAUGUCCGAGAAGCCCUUCGUCGAUCUACCAGCCAUGUUUCCGAUGCUAUGAACCCCCCCUCAACAGCUCAAUACACGCGAUCACCCCGAAAUUUCCACUAUCCAAGGCGGAAUCGUUCACUACGGGGAAUGAUCAAGCUCCAGACAUCCCACACAGCCGAGCCAGCACCUGCACAUAUCAACGGCCCAUCGCGACGCUUCGAUGAAGCGCAUCACCCACACAUGGUUGGAUGGGGACAACGAGAGCCUAGACGUGGGAACGAGGAGUUUGAUCUGGAACGAGGCAUUGAGCUGGCGUCGACGGAUCAUAUGAAGGUCACGGUAUCUACGAUAGACAGUAGUAUUCGGUCUGGGAGUUCGUCGUCGAAGGGCGGACGGGGCGGUUUCUUUGGGUUUGGUCGUCGUGGGUAAUCAUAAUGCAGACCCUCCCGGCAGCAGGUCUGCCGGGUCAUUACUGGUGUUGGGAAUUUUUUUCGGAGAGGGUUCUUGCGGUUCUGUACUGUAUAUGUAUAAGUACGGCGAAUUAAUCAAGUCUUAUGAUACCAGUCGUUCUGAAUAAUGGAAGAAUAUAGAGAACUGCCCCAUGGUUAGAAGCAGAGAUAUCACGCAACUGAAAAGUGCAGGUUGAUCAUAUGAUUGAUUUCUGUGUAGAUUAGGGCAGGCAACACGUAACUACUAUAGAUGAAUGAAGCAACUAACACGGUUCCUGGCAAGCACUGACAGCGCCGCGUCC